UCAAUAAUUCGUAAAUUGUUUUAUGAGAACAUUAUAUGGGUGUGUACCUACUAGUCUUUUAUUGGCUGGUUGUUUUAGUUUCUAUCGUCAGCUCAUAAUAAUGUCGAACAAGCGAAUCGAAUUAAAAAAUAAAGUAAAGUUGCAAAUGGUGCAGAAGAUCAAAAUCACCCAAGUAUAAUAAGUAUCUUAAUAGGGUCAAUGCCAUAUGGUACAAAGUAAUACUCUCGGUCGAAAAUAUGUGUGAUUUGAUCAGAAUUAAUUAAAUUUAAAUACAAAACUAUAUCAUGACAAAAAAUGGGCGAUAAAACUUCGACAUUUACCAAAAAGGAAUAAAAACGUUAGAACGAUUGUCAAGUUCAAAUCAGUGUCACAGCAAAUUCAGAAAAAAUGGUAUAACAAACUGCAACUCUUCGAAAAAUUUACAAGGACUGGAACCAAACUACAAAUAUGACUACAAAACAGCUCAGAAAUCUCUCUUAGUAGCGAAUAUGACGGACACACGGGACCAUCUUCGCCACCCAAAAGUGUUCUCUACCGACAGCAUGAAGCUCACGAGCAGCGCAUCUGAGCAAAACGUUUACUUCACUUAUGUGUGUCUCGUCAAUGACAUCAAACCAAGCGGAACGCUAAAUCCCAUUUAUGGUUACAACAACAAGCCCUCCCUCAAUCUUCUGGAAGUUUCUUCGGCCCACAAUCAAGAGAGAAACUUAGAAGAUAUGCAACCAGAAAGGUCACCCAUACAAGUAGAAAGGUCAAAAGCCCUGCACGAACUAGUUGAAUCCUAUAAAAAAGCUGAACAAGGGGAACGUAACGAAACUGAUUCAUCUACGCCUUAUCCAACCACUACUUCGGGAGAAGAUAGCGAACUAUCUGAGAAUGACGAAAAUAAUUUCAUAAGCUGCGACAAUCCUAACGUUUUAAAAUUAACCAAAAUGAAGUGGCUGACGGAAGAUCAAGACGACGGGCCUGAUUCCAGUUCACCAUCGCUUUCACCUGCCACGUCGAGUUCAAUUUGCAGUAAAGUAUCUGAAGACGAUCUUAAAGAAGACUCAGGAAUCGAAGACAAAUACCUGUCAACGAUACUGCGAUUGGACAAAGAACACAACAUGUUUGGUCUAUCCAACAUCGCUAUAGUCGGAUCUAAGCCAUCUAAACCUCAACGUAAAGAUGAAGAGCGAGCCGUAUUUCAUCAAACGGCCAUAGUACAAAUAUGUAGUGCUAAGGGAAAUUGUUGCAAACACAAGAGUAACAGUGAUCUGCCAACAUCUUUGAAGUGUGGUGGUGGCUGUCGUGGCUGCUGCGUGGACCCGUACUGCUCUGUUUGUGCUGGCCCCUGUGGCACACCCUGCGGUGGUUCAUGCGGUACACCAUGCGUGGUGGAGUCUCCGUGCACUCCUUUUUGCACUUCAUGCCCAAGAGGAAGGUGUUCCUGCAAGUUACCUUGUCCACCAAUCAAAUGCACGGUGGAUUGUAAUACUUGCUUUGGUCUAAAGAUAAAGUUGAAUCGUAAACCGAAAUAUGAACCGACUCCAAUCGAGCUAACACCUCGCUCCAGUUGCGUUCUGCAAAAACCGAUGGCAGCUCGAUCCUGCCACCAUCUCCCUCAGUGCAUCCCACCAUCUUCAUGCUUCCCGUACUUGAUGCCCUGCUUCUGGCCAGCCCGCCCCUCAGCCCCCUGUUCCUCUCCAACUCGUUGCUUCCACAACCCUCCUUGCCCGGCAGCCAGGAAACCCGCAAGAGUACCUAUUCCUAAAGAAUACAUUUGUCCCAAGAAAUGUGUAGACGAAGAGAAGAAAACUAAAUGUGAAAAUGAUAUAUGCCCUGGGAAUAAUCCCGUUCUGAAAGCUGCUAUUGAAAAAAGGUUUGGAGCAAGCAGCACAUAAUUAUGGUGUUACCCAAAGCUCCCAGUCUUGGAGGAUGCAAUUGUCAACA